UCUAAACCCAUAAACCACCUCUCCCUCUACCCUUUUCUCUUCCUUCCAAACCCUUAACCAAAACCUAUCUUCUUACAGGAGAAGCAGCUCACUUCCAUGAAUUACCAAUGAAUAACGUAUCAUCUAAACUCACAUGGAAGAGUGGAUAGAAGAUAGAUAAGCUUGAUUCAGCUUAAAAUUUGGUGGCAAAUACUUCAAACCACUUCUCUUUCCCUUUUUUUGCUGAAACCUGUAGAUAUUCAAAGCAGUCUGCAAACAAAAAUAGCAACUUUAUAGUCUUUUUUCUCUUCUGAUCUAUCAGAAUUCAGUUGAUUCUUCUACUUCGUAGAUGAUUGUUGAUGAUAUUAGGUUUGAAUUUUGAAGGGGAAGAGCAAAAAUGGAUCCAAUAACAGCUCAUGGUCGUCACCUCCCUCCUUUACUCGCUAGAGAUCUUCAUCUAAACCCCCACCAUCAAUUUCAACACCACCACCAACAGCAGCAGCAAAAUUCCAAAGACGAGCAAAAUCGUGGCCAGAAACGAGAUCGAGAAGAAACAGCCACCACCACCACGACUGACACGGGAGGAGGGAAAGAGUUAGCCUUAUCCGAAGGCGAAAACACGAGAAGACCGCGCGGCAGGCCUGCUGGUUCCAAGACCAAGCCUAAGCCACCGAUCAUCAUAACCCGAGAUAGCGCCAAUGCUCUCCGGUCCCACGUUAUGGAAAUCGCCACCGGCUGUGAUAUUAUGGAAAGUGUUUCGACUUUCGCCAGGCGAAAACAAAGAGGGGUUUGCAUUUUGAGCGGGGGCGGAACCGUAAUGAAUGUAACCUUGAGGCAACCCGGAGCUCCUGGUGCAGUCGUGAAUUUACAAGGAAGGUUCGAAAUUUUAUCACUUUCUGGGUCGUUUUUGCCUCCUCCGGCACCGGCGGCUGCAUCGAAAUUGGCCAUAUAUUUAGCUGGCGGUCAAGGUCAAGUAGUAGGAGGAACCGCGGUGGGACCACUUAUUGCUUCGGGUCCGGUGUUGGUUAUGGCAGCUUCUUUUGGUAAUGCGGCGUAUGAAAGGCUUCCAUUGGAAGAAGAAGAAGAAAAAUCAGUGGAGCCCCCGAUUCCCGGUAGCGGAACCUUAGGGUCACCGGGAACCAUGGCUACUCAACAACAACAACAACAACAGCAACUAUUGCAAGAUCCCAAUGGAUCUUUUGCUCAAGGAUUGCCACCAAAUCUUCUAAAUUCAAUCCAAAUGCCAGCCGAUGCCUACUGGGGCACAGGUCAUCCACCUUAUUAAUAAAAACACAGAAAAUUCCCUGCCUUCCUUUCUUUUUCUCUUCCUUCAUUUUCAUUUUUCACUUCUUGUUAGUUUAUUCCUCUUCCUUUUUUAUAAAAUAGUUUGAUGUUUUAAGUUUGAUCAUCAUGGCUUUGAUUUGUAGAAGGAUAUGUACAAAUUUCCUGGAAUAUUUCUCCCUGGUGUGGGUUUUUUUCCAGUUGUAUUUUCAUAAAAAGGUAGCCUUUUACUCAGCCGUGCUCAUUAUAGUAGCUUAAAUGAUUAAGAAGGACAAGAAGCGUGCAAGUCAUUUCUCUAUGUUGGAAGAAAAGCAAGGGAGAUGGGAAUGGGAGGUUAUGGGCUUAGUGUUUUGUUGUCUUUCGCUGUAUGUUUUUUUUUUCUUGCUUUGAUAAUGCUAUAGGUUUCAUUGUGGAAUCAGCCUGUUCGGUUACACGUGCGCUGCUCUGCAAGAUAAAGAAGAAAGCUCCUUUCCGAGGCAACCAUUUCCAUUUCCUUGUAUAAUUCCCAUGUAAAAAUGCCAAGCAAAGCAAACCACAACAACACCAGUAACAAGCACUACAAACUGGCUCUGAAUCUGAUCCUCAUGCGUUAAGGUUUCAUCUUUCUCGGGAAAAAUAAAAACUGUCACUGCCAUUAUACGUGUAAGAUGACAUGGAUUGAAUCAAUUAGAGGAGGUAAGUU